CAAGAUUUCGGUUUCUUAAUUAUCGUUGAAUGAAUAGGAACCCGUAGCAGUGGGCGGAUCAUUCCUUUCUCGUAAGGUUCGCAACAAUGUCCCUUUAGGAUGCUAGCUCCCUCCCACCGUCCACUGCACUAGGCUUGUAUCUUCACCAACAAUCAAGUAUCCAUCAGUAAUGACUUCCUGGGUCCAUAAUCCUGGAAAUAUCAUAAACAAAGGAGGAUGACCAUUCAUUACUCAUUUACAUUAUUAUUCAAAAGUUCAGUUGGUACUCCAUAAGUGAGAGUACAGAGUAUAGUCGUAAGGUACAUGUGUAUGUAACUGUGUAGCUGUAAGGUGAGGCUGGAGGGGUGCUUGGCGGUGGACCAAAGAAAAUAAAGUGGAUCCGGCGUCAUUCGAGCUUCAUUGUUCUGUUAUUGUGUGAUAUCGUCCUAUACUAUACUAUACUAUACUCUCAAAGAUCACAUCGUCCUCCUGUCCCUCGUCCGCCAUGAGGCCAGUGAAAGGUCGAUUACUGACCUCUGCAGCCAGGAGCUCCUUGGCUUCUUGCAGACUGCACCUCCGCAAUCCACAAUGCUUCCCUCGCAACUACACCCGACCCUCCUUCGCUCCCAAGCCCGCGAUUGACCUCAAACACAUCCGACAGAACCCCGGGCUGUACUCUCAAAAUUGCAUAGAUCGAAAUUACGGUGCACACAGCGAGGCCCCAUGGAAAAUCAUUGAGCUCCACGACCAAUGGCUCGAGCUCCAGAAGAGCGCUCGCGGUCUUCGAGAGCGCAGCAAUCAGCUGAGGCGGAGUCUUGCGAAUGCGGCGUCGCGGAGUGGAGAUGCUGAAGGAGAUAUCAGGCAGACGGAAGACAAGGAUGCAAUUAUCAACGAAGCCAAAUCGAUCAAGGUGGAAUUGAGCGGCAUAGAAGAGAAGGAAACGCUGUUGCAGGAAGAAAUGGACAACCUCGCCCAGGACCUGCCGAACCUGAGCAGCGUACACACUCCGGUUGGACAGGACGCAGAGAUUGUGGGAUAUAUCAAUGAUCACCCAGAGCCCGAGCCUUCCAAGUCGGACCGUGUCUGGCGAUCACACGUACACAUCGGUACCGAGCUGGGGAUAUUGGACUUCGCAGGCGCAGCCCAGACGUCAGGUUGGGGCUGGUACUAUCUCAUAGGCGAGGGAGCCAUGUUGGAACAAGCGCUGGUCCAGUAUGCUCUCAGCGUCGCAAGGAAACGAGGUUGGAAGGCCGUGGCGCCACCGUCUUUGGUAUACUCGCACAUUGCCGCGGCCUGUGGAUUUCAACCUAGAGACCAGAAUGGUGAACAGCAAAUAUAUGCCAUUGAACAGGCAGAGAAAGACAAAUCAAAACCAACGUUAGCCCUGGCAGGCACUGCUGAGAUACCGCUGGCUGGCAUGAAGGCCAACCAGGUCAUAGAAGAUGCAGAUUUGCCCUUGAAGACCGUGGGUGUCAGCAGGUGUUAUCGAGCGGAAGCCGGUGCGCGAGGAGUCGAUACCAAAGGACUAUACCGUGUGCACGAAUUCACAAAGGUGGAGAUGUUCGCAUGGACGCUCCCGGACAACGUUGACCACGAACACUUUACCGUUCCUGUCGAGUCGAACUCAGAGACCAUUUUCGAGGAGAUGCUAUCGAUACAGAAGGAAAUACUCGAGUCUUUGGGUCUUCAUUGUCGCAUACUGGAAAUGCCUAGUACAGAUCUGGGAGCAAGUGCCACGCGCAAACGCGAUAUUGAGGCGUACUUCCCGUCACGUCGGGAGAAGGAUAACGGCUGGGGUGAGGUCACGUCGACGUCGAUGUGCACAGAUUAUCAAAGUCGACGACUACAUACGAGAGUGCGUCUGGAGAAGGCCGGCCGUAAGCUUGAUUUCCCCUUCACACUGAAUGGCACCGCAUUGGCUGUGCCACGAGUGCUGGCCGCCAUCUUGGAGAAUCACUGGGAUGAGCGACACUACACGGUAACAAUUCCAGAGGUUCUGAGGCCUUUCAUGGGCGGUGUGGAUAAGAUUCAAGGACACAAGCAUAGCUCGGGAAGCUAUUGAACUUGUUACGAAGAAGAGAAGGAGAGAAAAAAUUAACGAACAUUCAAAAGUUAAAUGUACCAUUAAUCUGUAGAACUAAUUCAACGCAAGUUGAACAGAUGCUUGUAAUUGUACAGCAGUAGGAGUUGUAGUAGUUAGCAUAGCAUACCACAAACAUGACGAAGUAACGCAUUCGAUCUAUUCGACCAUUCGGAAUUCUUUGGCCACCA